GCCAGAGAGGUCCGCAGCGCUGACGCGGGCGCUAUCACACCAUACCAUACUAAGUAGCGAUCAACAUCUGCGUCGUCUUUUCCACGCGCCUCCGUUGCUGCGAGCGCAGGCAGGCAUUCCUUGGUAGUACCUGCUGCGCCGCGGUGACUUGCAUGUCAACGUGCCACAUGAUGAUGCCAGAUCAUACAUAAGUAGCGGUAGUCGUCGACCCAGGCGAUGAUACCCCCGGGCGCGUCACCGACUCUCUGGAUGUACUUCAAACUGGAGGACUCGGACGCUCAGCCUCAGGCCAGAGAUGACCUGGCGGCGGAUGUCAGGCCGAUGAGAUAUGCCGACAUUCCGAACGUUGUCGCAACACACAGGGCUGCGUUCGCGAACGACCCCGUAUGGAGUUACUUGUUCAGGACGCCAGAUGAUGCAACGUGCUCGCGCUUGAGUCGCUGGCUCGAUAGCCUGGUGUAUUUCCUACAAUGUCUCGGACGCGUGCAUGCGCGGAAGAUGUUGGUGAUUAACGACGGGGAUGCCUAUCUAUACUUCGGCCUUCCCGGUGGUAAGCCGACCGUCGUAGAGCGCAUCAUCGGGCGCAGUACCUCCUUCCUACGGAAGGUGAGGACGGCGGAACAGAAGAAGCGUAUGGAGGAGACGAUGCAGAAACAGGACGCCGCCAUAAAGGCGGCCAUAGGCGAGAGGAUCCACAGCAUGUUCGCCGCGCACGAUCUCGCAACACAUCCAGGGAAGCAAGGCAGAGGGUACGGGGGCGCACUCGUGGCUGCUGCCAACGCCAAGGCAGACGCGCUCGGCGCAGCGUCCUGGCUCUCCUCGUCGAACGUUGCCAACACCGCGUUCUACGAGAGCUGCGGCUUCGUCGUCGUGCGGGAAUUCGCGAUCGGGGACGAGAACCCGACAUGGAUGGAGCCGCCCAUCGUCGUUAGGAUUAUGGUGAGGGAACAGCAGGGCGCGGCCCAUGACUUGAAGGAAGAGAUGGUCUAGGGUUUAUUUUGUGACUAUAGUGUUUGCGUUUAUCUCAGGGUCUUGCUUGAGUCUCCGCUGUAUACGUAGGUCUCAGCCAUUUCAAAUUGGCGGUCACAGGGUCUCGCACCAAGCGGCACAGUUCGCAUUAGUUACUGGUCGAUCACCAUUAGAUUCUACUACGUA